AUGAGACAGAAACAUGGUUGGGAAGGAAAACCUGAACAGCCCAAUAUCUGCUCAUUCUGCAAUAAAACAUUUACCCAGAAAUCGUCAUUAACAAGGCAUCUUAAACAUAUCCACAAUACUUUCCCUACUGCUGCUAAUGAUGUUUCUUUGUUACCCUCCAAUUCUCAUGUCUCCAUAUCUUCGACAUCACCCUCCAAUAUCAAUUCACCAGCUCCAUUUACCUUGGCUCCUCUUCAGGUUUCCUUAGUUCGUGACAAAUCCUUUCCUUCACCUACGCAUUCUACUUCAACAUCCAAUCAACAUAUCUCCAAACCUUGGCCAUCACUUUCCAAUUACAAUUCUUUGGCUCCGUCUACCUCACCUCGUUACACAUUAUCUCCCCAACCAUCAACAUCAACAACAUUAUCUCCACAACCAUCAACAUCAACAACAUUACCUCCCUACAUGUCUUUAUCUCCACAACAUUCAACAUUAACAUCACCUCCCUGCAUGUCAUUAUCUCCGCAACCUUCCACAUCUUCAACCUCACCCCCCUACAUGGCAUUAUCUCCACAACAUUCACCAUUAACAUCGCCUCCCUACGUAUUCCUAUCUCCACCACCUGCUACAUCAUCCAUCUCAACUCCCUACAUGUCUUUAUCUCCGCAACCUACCACAUCUUCAACCUCAGCUCCCUACAUUUCAUUAUCUCCACAACACAGCACACAAUUUAUGAAAUGA